GAGCGGGUGGGGCCUCGGUGUAUGCUGUAGAGGCAGUAAUGUAUGAGUUGAGACGUGCGAGGCUGCCAUUCUCUUAAAUGAAGCGUUUUAUAUGACCCCAGUGGGCCGUCGCGAAUUUAAGAGCCUGGAAAUUUCGUUUGUCUGUUCGUCGUGUGUAAGUGUGGUCGGUCAGACUCGCAUCAGCAAUGUCGAGAAAACGCUUUAAAUAGUUUAAUUUAUGUGUUGGCUCGAGACAGAUUGUGUAUUUAGGGUAGCAAGCGGAUUACACUAAUGUUGCCGUAAAGACAGCCGACGAAGCGAUGUGAAACCGUAAUAUUGGAAAUUCCUUCUGCAAACUGAGGAAUAAUAAUGAACAACGGACAAGAUAUGUCUCCAGAUUUUGUCUUGAUGCGCCUGGUGUCCGCGGCCGAGGAUGACCGCUUGGAUGAUAAGAAUGGGAAUUUAUCGUCUGGCGGCGGACUGGUGGCUGGGUUCGGGCAAGAGGUCUUGGGUCAUACUAAUUUGAAAGGUGGGUUUGAAUGCUCACAAAACCAUUCGGCCAACGUCGCUCGGCAUAACCAUCUCGCCGCGCUGAACAAUGCUCAGCAACCCAGCGGAACGGAGGCACCUGACACUGGAGCGAUGGCGACCAGACCGGGGAUGUCUGUUCUGCCUCCUCCCCACGGUUCCACCGAGGCCCAGGGUUACGAGUUUGCCCACAGAGGGAAUAUGCGGCCUCAGCUGCUGGUCUUUCGGAACAUAGCUAGGGACGAUGACAGUAUAUCGGAACACAAUUCAGAUGAAAAACAUCAAGCAAGGGCUCAUGUUGGCGAUGAUCAGUCAUCCGGGUUUGCCGACUCAAACAGUGGCAUCAAUAACAAUACGGUUAGUGUGGAUGCUCAGCAGUGUGCUAGAUGGGCUUUGCUUCCCCAGAUGAAAUCAUCCACAAUUGCCUCGGAUAACGAGGAAAAUGAAGUGUGCCACCGACAUCGUUUGAUUACAGACAAACAAGACUGGUCACCUCUGGUGGACGCAUCAACCCCUCUAGCAAUGAUUGAAUCCAAAUGGGGAUGUACGGCCACGGACACAAACAUGCAGUUCCCCGAGGGUCCUGUGUUUGAACUGGCAAAGAAAUUCGGGAAGCUGAGGGUGGCUCCGGUCUCCGAAUUGUUGUUCAAGGACGGGGAACUGCCGCACUGUUCGUGUCAGAGCGUGCUUGGGUCAACAGCUGCUGGAAUGGGCCAGGGAGAUGACCCGACCGAGACUAGCGACGCGCUACUGGUGCUGGAGGGACUUGGGUCAGAGGAGGUGAAUGGCCUGGGCAUCAGCGCGUGCUCACCCAGUGACUCCGAGAGCCAGGAGAAAGAAAGGGCCUUCAUGUUGCAAGGGAAAACAGACCUGGUGGAGAAAAUGUCAGGUGCGUUCGCUCUCAGUUGCUGCCCCGCGGCGCUCGCGGGACAGGGAGAGGCGCGCUCCGAGGGGAGUUGCUCGGCAGCUUGUCGGGACACACAGGUGUGCUGUCUACUACAAAACAGUGUCAACCCCAGACCACAGGCCAGCCCCAGCGACACAGAGCAGUCACAAGAGGCACCAACACCACCUGGACCCCCUCCUGGUGAAUCUUGUCAGGACCGGCCCAGCCAGAAGUCGAGCCCCGCGCGCCGGUCUGAAAGGAGCGUCAGUGUGCCUCGGACACUUGUCAGCCGUGGGGCAAGUGUUGGCAAUGAAAAACCACACGGGAAGUCCAGGAAAGGGUCACUGAAAAUUCGCCUGAGUAAACUUUUCAGAACUAAAAGUUGCAGUGGAUCGAACAACCUGCUGGACAAAAGACCAUCGGUGACUUACUCCAUAUCUUCAGCUGGCAGUUUGAUGGACAUGUCCAGAGCAAGUGGAGGGGAGCAAGACACUAGCAGCCAGCCCACACUGACCAGGGCCCAAAGUACAUUCUCCGCUGCCUCUUUCACUCCAAUUUUCACAGGGGAGACGGUGUCUCUGGUGGAUGUGGAUAUCUCUCGGAGAGGGGUGAACUCCCCGCACCCCCCCACUCCGCCGCCUCCACCGCGCCGAAGUCUCAGUCUCCUAGAUGACAUAGGUGGGCCUCAGCCUGGGCCUUUCCUAGUGAGUGUGGUGGGGGCCUCCCUGCAGUCUCUCCCCCUGCCUCUUCCUCCUCCUCCUCCCUCUCACGCCACCAUCCAGCACAGUCUCAGCCUCAAUGACGCUUUCCUCCGGGUGCUGCCUCACGGCGCCGCCCCGCACUCGGAUGCGCCCCAGCCGCCCCGUCUGCCCCCGCCCCCGCUCCUGUGCCCCCUCAGGAGGCCCGAUGCCAGCAGCUUCACUGCCAGUCUGAGGGAGCUGGAGAGGUGUGGCUGGUACUGGGGCCCAAUGAACUGGGAGGACGCGGAGCUGAAGCUGAAGGGGAAGCCGGACGGCUCCUUCCUGGUGCGGGACAGCUCCGACCCGCGCUACAUCCUCAGCCUGAGCUUCCGUUCGCAGGGAGUCACACACCACACGCGCAUGGAGCACUACAGAGGGACCUUCAGCCUGUGGUGUCAUCCCAAGUUUGAGGACCGCUGCCACUCAGUGGUAGAGUUCAUAGAGAGAGCCAUCAUGCACUCCAAGAAUGGCAAGUUUCUGUACUUCCUGAGGUCAAGAGUGCCUGGUCUCCCGCCCACUCCGGUGCAGCUGCUCUACCCAGUGUCCCGCUUCAGCAACGUCAAAUCCCUGCAGCACCUCUGCCGCUUCUCCAUCCGACAGAUGGUCCGCAUCGACCACAUCCAGGAGCUCCCACUGCCCAAGCCACUGAUUGCCUACCUGAGAAAGUUCUACUACUACGACGCUGAGGAGGAGAUGUACCUGUCAAUCAAGGGAAUACGCCAAGCGAUGGGAGUCGAACAGGAAGCGGAGCCUCAGACGUAGCCAACAGAGGGGUCCUCACCCAAGGUACUCUGUGUGUGGAGACGUGUGAUGGCAGAUUGCUGCCCAGUGAAGCACAGCCUGGACCCUGCCUGUUCACCAGUCUUCCUGCGUCCCACUCCUACAAUUCCUUCGGGUCGGGUCUCCAAAUGGCGGCCUCCUCAGGGACUCUGCAAAAGGUCCUUCCCUCUCCCUCGCCACGGCAACCAAUGAAAGCGACAGGGAGAGGGAGGCCGGUGGAAUGCUGGGAUGUCACACAAACAGUGCAGCACACCAGGCCUAGCUGGAGAAUGGGCUUCCCAGGCGAAGCCAACUGGACAAACCCUAAAACCCAACUCAACAAAACUAAAAACUUGGACUUGGA